AAGUCUUGGGGAGAAGGAAACAAGGCAGAUUGUGAGCUCAAGACAGUGGGGCAAUGUGAAAGGACAGUAUGUAUUGGGUGGCCCUACUUCUGCCAUACAUGCAGGGUCCCAAAUGUUUGUUCCGGUCCUGGCUACAGCUUUGUACCUCCUGUCUCCUACAGCCCCCUGGGCCAGCAUCAUGACACCAUCCGCGUUCGCCAACUCUUAUGUCCAGACCCCUUCUGUGAAGUGUGUAAUAGCGCAACUGCUGAGGUCAAUCGGCUGCUGUUCCUGGAGGACCUGGAAGAUGAUACUCCCUCUGUGUCCUCUCUGGCUUCCACAGCUUCUGCAACUGAGUCAUGCUUCACUCUGUCCUCUGCCUUCUCAGAAGGCGCUCCAGGAGACCGAAUACCAGCCCCUCUGCCUGAGCCUUCCCCACCACCUCCCUCCAUUCUCUCACCUAACCCAAUGACACCCUUAGCUGACUGUCUUUCACCCUCAUCACCAGGUCACUCUCUCCUACCAGAUCCUUUUCCUCCUUUGCAUUCCAAAUGCUCAGCAGACCAUUCCCCACCCCUACCCCUUGCCUUUCCCUCUCUCCCACCAAAGGACACUCAGACACCAGAUCCUAUUCUCCCAUCAGAGGACACUUUGUCUCUGAAUACCAUCUUCUCUCUUGACCCCACUCUUUGCCAAGAUAUCAAUUCUUUACCAGAUUUGUCCCAGACAAUGAAUCCCACUGAUUCACUGGCUUGUCAUCAUGCGCCACUGACCCUGUCUGUCUCACCACGCCCAGACCACCCUUUAACUCUGACUCGAUCUAAAUCAGUUUCCAUCUUAUUGAAGCCUGUUCCAGAGAACUCAUCUCCAGAUCGCCCCGCUGGGUUGGCCACUUGUGUUCCAACAGUCAGAGGCACUGACCAUUCAAGCCUGUCAAUUUCAGAAUUCUCUUGUUGGCAGGCUCAGGCCAAGAACAUGUUCUUCCCCACAUUAUCGCAUGCUGAUUUUCAGCGACAGCAUGUUUCCCUCCAUCUACCAGAGACCUGUCUCUGGGCAGACUCUGCUACCAAGCACAUGGAGGCCAGUACCCAUUCUUUCUUUGGCCUUAACAUUCAGGCACUCUUGGCAAGACAAAUGAAAAGAAGAACGGAUUUCAACACUUUCGAGAAGAAAGAAAAGGAGGAGGCACUAUUUUCAAAACAAAUGUGGUCACAAAAACAACAGACAUCUUCAGGAAAUUCACUGAAGCCAUCUGAUCUGCAGGACACCACAGACGCCAAAAGUGGCUGGGACAUCAAAGGCAAACCAGAGCAGCUGCGCAUUUGUCAGCAGCUACUGUACGUCAAGACUUUGCAGGAAAACUUGCAGCAGAAAUAUAGCCAGCUCUUCUGGGGUCUUCCCUCUCUGCACAGCGAGUCCCUAGUGGCCACUCUCCUGGUUUCUAGUAGUAGUUCCCCACUAGAGUCUCCUUUUGUCUUAUUCAAUGGAAUCUGCAAUGUUUCUGCAGUCAAGAUGUGGGAUCAAGAAUUUCCACCACUUCCCCAUGCCCACCCUCUUCCCCUCCCCAACGUACAUCCCCAACCCUUGCCUCAAACCCUGCCCCAAUCUCAGCGCCUACCUUUCACGCAGGUCCAGCCCCAGGCCCACCUUCAAUCCCCACUCCCAAUCCUACCUGCCUCUCCAUCCCAGAUUAGGAACUGUGGAGUGUCUUUCCAAAGAUCCCAGAAUGAGUCAGACUCUCAUAUCUCAACUGAAAAUCAACAUCUAGAGUGGCACGUGUUGCAGAAGCAACAGGAAAGUUUGCGGGGUGUAGUCCCUGGGUUCCAAAAAUCUCAAGAAGCCAUUUGCCCUCGAGCUCCCAAGCCUUCAUCGGUCAGCCAGUCGUCCCACGCCUAUGUACCAGUCUCCAUCCUUCCUGGCCAUUUUCAUAUUACCAGUGAGCCCCAGGAGAAACUGGAGCUCCACGCUCCAAGGAGGCUAAUCCCACACUGCUGCCUCCACACCUGUAGGAAUCUAGAGUUUCUAGCACUGAGGGAGCCUCAGUGUAAAUUCACAGAAACAUCUCAGCAGAAAGGCAGACACGCUCAUUCACAGCUCUCUGAGCUUCACGGCCAGAGUAGCGAGGAUCUAGCAGAGACUGAAUUGAGUCUCCCAGGAAGCUUCCACGGGAGGAUCCCAACAAACCUUCAGCUAAGGAAGGACAUGAGGAGGAAUCUUGGGUAUAUCCUAGAGAAGAGCCCAGAAGACAGCCCUCAAAGGGUCUCCGAAUGCUACCUAGUGAAGGGUCUGAGGGCUGCCUCAGAGACAAAAAGUAACUGUGUGUGGCACUCAAGCAUUCAGUCAGGGAAUGAAUUCUUAAAUGUCUCAAGGAAGGACAUAGACCAAAAUGAAAUCAAAACCAUUCUUACAUUACAUCUAAGCAAGAAGUUUUGGCAGAUCACUGAGGGGAGGAUCCCCCUAGGGGUGUGUCUUUCAUGGCUGGCUGAUGACAAGCCAUCUGCUCCUCCUGGGAGUUCCCACACCAAUAUAAAAAGCAGAGAUUCAAAAAACACAAUAGUAGGUAGGGUCUACCACCAGAUUACCACUCUAGAGCUUUCUUUUCUUGAUCCCAAUACCCGACAGGUGCUAGAAGCCCAUAUUAUAAGGUUUCGUGUGAGUCAGAGGUGGGGCCUACCCCUCAAAGUUCUUGAAUCUAUAAAAUUCUAUAAGUUAAGAGAUGCCAAAACACGGCCUCUUCCCCAAUUUGACUUUCUCUCCUCAGCCACCUGUAUUUCUGGGGUGGAUUCCAAAGCUGAGGUUUCCAAGCCCCUGGAGGGAAGCUCUCAAAGUUUUCAGGGAAACAAGGUGAGAACAACAAGUUCAGUCCCCGUCCUGGAUCAUCCUCUCCCUGCUACCUCAUCUGUGGGCAAUGAAGGACGGGGAGCCCUGAAACCAUCCCACUCUGAUACCGAUCGUGAGCUUGCCGAGGAUGUCCAGACAACUGAGCAUGGCAGACAGACUUUAGAGCCCCUCCCACACAGCAUUAAAGACGAAGUGAAUCAGAGUAAGACUGUACUACACAAGAGAUGCAGUCCAGAAGUGCCCACAAGGCAAGCUGGGGCUGGACAUGAGCCAAGCGGUGAGAAUGUGGGCUCCAGUGAGAGAGUACAAACGAUUCAGGGCCAAAAGACGGUGGAGAAGAAGUUAGAACAUUUUUCCAUGUCUGCCAUGAACUUCAGGGAGAUAUUCAAGGCUGAGGAGCUGUGUGCUCUUAAAUCACAAUCCUGUGACAUCUUGACAACCAGCGAGUUACGAAGCUCCCAAAUGGUAAGUGUCAAUACAAGUAAAGUAGAAACUACCCUGACCACCGAAUGUCCCUCACCAAAAAUACCACUUCUCCAAGAUUGUAAACUACCAGACGUUAAAAAACAGCUCCACAAUGAGUUGAAGUUUCAACUGAAGAGCAGAGGGAACACCCAGGCUCAAGCCUGUCACACUGACAUGUCCUUUACUUUAGAUAGCUUGCCUUCCAACUCCCUGACUCAGUCCCAGAGCAUCUCCAGUGGGGACACGGGAGCUUCCCAGGUGCUGCAUGUCCACUUGGAGGACAAUGGAGAUUGGCAACAGCCCUGGGUCUCUAAGCGUGUCUUAUGCAAGUGCCAGCAUAUGAAUUUCCCACCAGCUGCAAAGAGAGUGAGACCUCUGCACUCCAAAGCAGGAGAAUGUGGAAGUGAGGAUUCAGGAGCUGGGACAUCUAAAGCCAGGCAGAAGAGACACCCUGUUGAGGACACAGAAUUAGAGGGCACUUCUCCGUCUCUGUCACAGAAUGAACAGCUUCCUCCUGAAAGUUACUUCAGAAAAAAAAUGAGGCAAUUUUUUCAGUGGCUUGCUUCCAAGAGAACAAUCACAGGGCAGGAAAGUCCCCAGCAAAAAGCCAAGUUCACAUCAACCUUUGCGCAGCACCAAGACCCCGCUGAAAGUGCAGCUCUCCUUGAGAGUUGUGGGCCUCCUGAAGCUCAUGAGCUCAUGAUAGCCAUUGGGAAGAUCCUAGAGGAGAAACUGGCACGUAGGUACGAACCUGAGCCCUCGGAGUUCAGUCAGCAGAAGGAGGAACUGCAGGCCCAGGUAGAGCCUGACAAGGCACAUCCCUCCAACUAUGGGGCUCUCUCUGACCCACAGCAAGGGGCAUGGGCAGGUACCAAGUCCUGCAGCCAAGUCUCUGCUGAUCAGAGUUGAUUUAAAAGUGUUAGACAGAACAGAGACAGGAUCAGACAUCCCCAGAAAGUUGUGGCCUUCAAGGACCAGCAUUUAUGCCAAAGUCAACCCCCUUCCCCACCCUCCAGGGAGCCUGGGCCCCAUCCAAGCCCCACCUGCAUGCAUCAAGUACACCAGGUCCCUCAGGCCACCCUCAACCCUCAUGAAGGCACUGUAUUCAGAGAUUUGACUCUUCUGUUCAAACAGAAAACGCUUCUCGAACACUUCCAGGGAGAAAAAAUGUCCCCAAAGAAAUCAUUCAGUUUUGGUUGAGAAAGCCUCACAGUUUUCAUGGUAACACACCCUCUGAUGAGAGCAAGCUUUCUUUAGCACAACCGAGGAUACUGAUCCUCCUCAAUAAAUGUUCCCGCUAACAGAGAGUGGUGUUCUCUGUGUAGUGCACUGGGGGCGUGGGUUCAGGGUAUCCUGGGGCUUCUGCUCUGGGAAAGGAAGGAGAGAGGUCAGCUCUGACUGAUUUCCUCUUUCAGUUUCUACAAGAUGACCAGUCCCUUGUAGGAGGCCUGACAGUGGCCUUCUCAGUUUUA